AUGGCCGGGACGCAGGGCGCUCGGGCCCUCCGCGCCCGCAGCGCAGACGUGGGAGGGCCCCGCGGGGGACCGGGCGCCCCCUGCCUUCCCCCCUUGCUCCCCCUGGUCGUCCUCUUUCCCCCGGGUGACGGCGGGGCUCGGCUCCCUCGCCCGGUUCUCCGUCGCCGAACGCACACACCGAGGAAGACUCCGAGCCGCGCACCUCGCGCAAAGCAUGAGCUGCCAAGGGAGAAGAGAAGGAGCGCGGUCGGGGGAGAAGGGUGGCAGCUGUCAGGGCCCCCGUUCGUUCGCACCCCGCUCCCUCCUCGGGGCUCAGACGCAUUUGGGGUUGGGGGGGGAGAGUGGGAGGGCCCGGGCCUCUUGCGAUGCAAGUGCGCAUUUCGGCGAAGUCGACAAGAAGGGGUGUCUGCUGCCUGCCUCCCCCAGGAACCGAGGAGCGAGGGAGACCUCGGGGAUGCAAUUAAGUUUCAUUUUCAACUCAGCAUUUCAUCCGAGGGAUCGUCCAGCCGCGAUACGAUUUGCUUCAUAAACACUGGUGUUCUCCAAGAUUUUAUUCUCUGCCACCUGCUCUAUUUGUGUUACAGAGGUUCAGCUCAACUACUGUUUAAUAAAACAAAAUCUGUGGAAUACACCUUUUGCAAUGAAACCGUUGUCAUUCCAUGCUUUGUUACUAAUGUGGAGGCACCACACACUAACGAAUUAUAUGUAAAGUGGAAGUUUAGAGGAAAAGACAUUUAUGUCUUUGAUGGAAAUAUGAACGUGACCAAGAAUGACCCUGAAUUUAAGAGUGCAAGAGUCGAAAUCUCAGAAUUACUAAAAGGAGAUUCCUCUUUGAAGAUGGAUAAGGAUGAAGCCAUUUUAGGAAACUACACUUGUGAAGUAACAGAAUUAAGCAGAGAAGGCGAAACAAUCGUAGAACUAAAAUAUCGUGUUGUGUCAUGGUUUUCUCCAAAUGAAAACAUUCUCAUUGUUAUUUUCCCAAUUUUUGCUAUUCUCCUGUUUUGGGGACAGUUUGGUAUUAAGACACUUAGAUAUAAAUCCAGUGGUAUGGAUGAGAAAACCAUUGCUUUACUUGUCGCCGGACUAGUGACCACCGCAAUUGUUAUUGUUGGAGCUAUCAUUUUCGUCCCAGGUGAAUAUUCAGUAAAGAACGCUACUGGACUUGGUUUAAUUGUGACUUCGACAGGGUUUUUAAUAUCACUUCACUAUUAUGUGUUUAGGACAGCUUUCGGGAUAACCUCCUUCGUCAUUGCCAUAUUGAUUAUUCAAGUGCUGGCCUAUAUUCUCGCUGUUGUUGGACUGAGUCUCUGUAUCUCGGCAUGUAUACCAAUGCAUGGCCCUCUUCUGAUUUCAGGUUUGGGUAUCUUAGCUCUAGCACAAUUACUUGGACUAGUUUAUAUGAAAUUUGUGGCUUCCAAUCAGAAGACUAUACCACCUCCUAGGAAAGCUGUAGAGGAACCCCUUAAUGCAUUUAAAGAAUCAAAAGGAAUGAUGAAUGAUGAAUAACUGAAGUGAAGUGAUGGACUCUGAUUUGGAGAGUAGUAAGACGUGAAAGGAAUACACUUGUGUUUAAGCACCAUGGCCUUGAUGCUUCACUGUUGGGGAGAAGAAAUCAAGAAAAGUAAUUGGUUGUCAUCUACGAGAGAAAAUAAGUCAUUGACCCUUAAAUGAUUGUUACAGUUAAGUUUUUAUUAAAAGCAGCUGUAAUUUAGUUAACAGAAGAUCUAUGAUCUGUGUCAUGUGCCCAAUUGA